GCAAGUUCAUGCUUGACUGGUAGGUGUAGUCCCGGUUCGCCGGUUGCGUCAACCUCUGGAUAUGCGAAUGCUGCAAUGCCUCAUCGCACACUCCCUGCGUGUCAUGUACUAGUUCAAGCACCUCGGGAGGCUCAUACUGAACUCGUUUCAAUCUUACAGUUGAGAGAUCUCGUCACAUUAUUGUACGUCAACCGUGUCGUAACCACCUGUAGCAAAAAAUGGCGUAAUCCUCCUGGUGGCUCACUUCAUGGAGUCGAUAGGAAGCUCAUCAUAUCCCGGAGUUGAACGCUGGACAUUGCGGAGCUAACGCUAACGGUAAACAUCAUAUAUAUGAGACCCAAGAAGCAGGGUUCGCUCCUUCUUCCCAACCACCAUCAUGUCUUUACCUCCCAGGAAAAUCGGUGACGCAUUGAUCAACCCUAUCGACUCCGACGAGGUCAUCUCUCUCUUCACGAAUAAAGAGGAGUGCUCGCUGAAGUUUUUCCUGCUUCACUUUAGUGACAAAGUGUUCGCAGGUAUUCAUUCUAAAGAGAAAUUUCCCAAGAUUCUUGAUCUCGUUGAUCGUUUGAAAGUCAUCGCGCCAAAACAUAGCGCGACGCCUGGUCGAGUUACCCUCGCGUGGAUCCUUGCACAGGGCGACGACUUUGUUAUCAUUCCUGGGACGAAGAAGAUCAAGUAUCUGGAAGAGAACCUCGGAGCGGCCAAGGUGAAGCUCAGCAAAGAGGAGGUCGCAACUCGCGGAACAAAGUGA